AUGAGUGAUGAGUUCGAUGAUGACUACCAUCAACUCUGGCAAUCCGACAUGCCGCUAAUCAGCAUCCCAACCCAGACUUUCAACCCUUAUGGGGUACGGCCUGGGGGGCAGCCAGCGUCGCUCACCGCUGUGAGCGUUCCAGGCACGACCGAUUUCGUGUUAGGGGUCGACACUUGCGGUUUCACCACCGCCAGCACGAUCACUUGUGAAUUCGGAUAUGAGUGUACCAACGUAGAGGGCUAUCGUGGUUGUUGCUUUCCGGGCGCUGACGACUGUGCCUCUACGAUCUACACGGACUGCAUCGACUAUGGGAAAGCCCUCCACGUAGCUGAAUGUGGACCACAGACACUAUGCUGCCCAAGCACACAUCCGUCCUGCUACACUUAUUGGUUCGAUAAUGACGACAACCCUCAGGAAACAUUUAGACACAUUGAAUGCCAAACAUCGCAGGGAUUCGGGAUCCUAUACCCUUUCCCACCAGAGUUAACCAUGACAUCGGAUACAUCGACAACAGAAACAGAUUCCCCAUCCGACACUUCUAAUUCAACCCAAAUCACGAUCGAGUCCGAGGGCGACUCACUAUCUCGUUCUUCGAUAUCCGCGGGUGCUAUAGUAGGCGCUGUAGUCGGCUCUGUCGCCUUCGUUAUCAUAUCCGCCAUAAUCGCCGCUCUAAUAUUCCGUCGGCGUCGGGCCAAAAAGAAUGCUGCUACCGCUCCAUCGGUCCCCGUGAAGAGUACAGAUAGUUCGACCGAUAUCUUACCGUCGCCAGAAAAGGAACCAAGGCAGACAACAGCCGCAGCAGCAGUGAGAUCAGAGAGGCCACCGACCCGAAGAAGCUUCCUACGACCCCUUUCCAUGAUCCAAGAGAACCCUAUCUCCAUCUCCAAGCCCAUACCCCUAUCCGCCACAUCCUUCGCUCCAGGUAUCAGGAGGUAUAAAUCAGCAGCAGCGCGCCAGAGCCCCAGGCCGAAUUGGCCGCUUAGCCCGCUUGGUAACCCUCUGGGCUCGCAUCCGGUCGACGCGAACUUGAUGAAGCGCCUUAGCGAUAGUCGGCUUGGAACCCGCGGCCUGGAAAGCGGAGGAAUUAGCGACGGGCGGCAGAAAAGCCUGCCACGUAUACCUGUCCUCCCGUUCCGCCCCCCGCCUCCCCCGCCUCCCCCCGGCACUAAACCCGUAACCCCCCUCCCGCCGCUCAAACCGUCGCGUGACUUCGAGAGCACAGGUACCACGCCUACCAGUGCCACAGCGGCACUACAAAGCCCGCGGCUAAGCCGCGUUCCCGUAUCACCGAUCAUGAGUCGGGUUCUCGAUGGAAUCAGUCCGCAUCGUGCCGUAAACAACCCUUCGACUUCGACUACAAGGCCUAUUAGCGCCGUAGGCCCGGAGCCCGUGUCGCCGAUCGGAAGUGACGGGGAAGGAGAAGGGGCAGAUAAUUUGCCACGGCUUAGCUACGUCUCGGCGCCUAGCGCGGCUGGUGAAGGCGGGCUGGAGCGCGAUGACAUGGUUUCGCCUAUAGGUGUGGAUGAGGUGGAUAGUGAUACGGAGGUGCCGGAAAGCCUGGUGACGGUUAGUCCGCUGGAGAGCCCGCGAGGGAGUAUGGAUUCUUAGAGGAUGUGGUAUUAAUUUGGUGGUGCUAUACAUUGUGCUUGGUAUAGUUCGUUUAUAUACAUCUACUUUUGUAGUGGUUCGGUUCAUUUAGGUGCGGCAGCAUCUAUGCUGUGUAUCUCGGGAUAUAUAUCUCUUAGCUAUGCGUUAUAUACAUAUAUCUGAAUGC